GUAAUGAACGAAUCAAACAAUGAUGCUUAUGUCAAAUCUCAGUCAUCAAUGGUGAUAGAUAAUUCAUGACUAAAAAAUUGAAAGGAACUUAAGGUGUGGCGUGAUCUUUGCGAAAGUAUAAUUUUCUACAAUGGCUGCAACUUUAAAACCGUAUCUAACAGCGGUGCGUCACACGCUCACUGCCGCUAUGUGCUUAGAACACUUUUCAUCCCAAGUUGUCGAGAAAUACACCAAGCCGGAGGUCGAAGUUAGAACAAGCAAAGAACUUUUACUCAAUCCUGUUGUUAUUUCAAGAAAUUCUAAUGAAAAAGUAUUAAUAGAGUCUUCAAUAAAUUCAAUUAGGGUGAGUAUUAUGAUCAAGCAGGCGGAUGAGAUAGAGAAAAUUCUUUGUAAAAAAUUUAUGCGGUUCAUGAUGAUGAGAGCUGAAAACUUCAUUGUAUUAAGGAGGAAACCAGUUGAUGGGUACCAUAUCAGCUUUUUGAUUACUAACUUCCAUACCGAACAGAUGUAUAAGCAUAAAUUGGUCGAUUUUGUAAUAUACUUUAUGGAAGAAAUUGAUAAAGAAAUCAGUGAAAUGAAAUUGGCUGUCAAUGCAAGAGCCAGAAUUUGUUCGGAAGAAUUCUUGAAGAGAUUUUAACCACUUCUUUCAGUGAUAGAAUGAAACAUCUUUAUUGUACAUAGAGUAUGAAUUCAUGUGAAAAAUUUGUUGCUUUGAUGACUAUGUAAUUUUAAUUAGUGAUGGAAUUCAUAUUACCUUCAUAGACAAACAAAUUGUAUCAUUACAAAAAUGUCAUUUAAAUAUGGAAUUUUAGAAGAAACUAGUUUUUUUCUCUACCUAUUCUCUCGUAGCCUAAAGGCCUAUUCCAGCUAAGCACAAAUGGGUAGGUUACAGGCUAAAAUUAAACUAUUAAAAAUAUUACAUUAUUUAGAUAGUCAAGGAAAAUACAUUGCACACAAAUAUAAAAUUUAAUGUAGAUCACCGGUGUCCUAUUUAUUCUUAGUAUCUGCAAAUUCAUCAUUUCCAGACACUACUAGAUAUUCCGGCACUUUAGUAUGUAAAUUGAAGAAAGAAAGAAAUCAUCAUUAUUACUUCAAUGUGCUGCGUAGGGCACCGGUGAUUUACAUGGCAGUCAACGUGUUAAUAAUUAUUGGGGCUUUGUUGACAUAUUCUAUUGUGCUAUGUGCUGAGUGUCCUAUCUAUGACUAUUAUUAUACUACUGGGAGCCCUUUAAGUUCUUUAGUGUAAUACCUUUUGACAAAGACAGCAUGUUGAUUUUGCACCUUGAAUUGUCAAUGUCCACAUUCCACCAGACUGUUUGUCGGUAGCAUGAUUGUCUGCUUUCAUGGGUAAAAACAAUUAUUGUAAUUUGAUAUUUGUAAAAAGUAAAAAUAGUGUGAAUGUUUCUUCCAUGUUCUUUUACAUUAUUAUUUUUUUGGUAUAAUUAUUUUAAUGUUGAUAUGUAAGUUUUGAAUUAAUUUCUGGUGUAAUUUAAAAACUUUAAUAUUCUUAGUUAUAAUGCAGUGAAUGUGUAAACCACCAUAAUUAUAUUCAAUUUAAAUAUAAAACAUUUUUUGUGUUUAUAACAUAUGUCUUUUUUUUGUAAACCUAUUUGCUGGUAGCCUAUUUGGCUAUUCCAGCAUGGACGGGUAGGUGAGCUCACUGGUUCAACCUGAGAGAAUUUGCUAACACUAGCCUUAGCAAGUGUAGUGCUUUGUUGAAUCUACAGACGGAACACAAUUAUGACCUAUGGUGGUGGUCUAUAUAGAUAUAUAUUUUAUUUUCUAUGAAACACUACUAUAUAUGUAUCAGUUUGUAAAUAAAACUAGAAACUUACUUGA